GGUAAUUCACAGCUGCGCCAAUGUUUUGGUUUUGACUUUAGCCUCGCAGAUGAUUUUAACAUUUAUAAAAACAGUGGGAUUUAUCACCACAGAAACAAACGAGCAUAAGAUCUGAAAUAAUUUAUUGAAACAAGGAUCAUACAUUUUAUAUUUGGAGUGAUUUUUAUUUUCGCCACAGCUUUCAAACACUAUUACAGGAUCAACAUGAAGGCUGAUAUGGAUAAAAUAGUUUCACUGUCGGAUAAAGACAGUAUUCCUGAACUACAAAAGUACCUCUCCUCUCUUAUGGAUGACCAGUUAGUGACAGUCAUUACAAACAGCGCUCUCAAGGGGAAGAUGGUUGGGACUAUGAUUAAAAGCAUAUUUAAAGGGUCCCCUCCCAGUUCCACUGAAGGGUCCAAAAGGAGACUUCUGUUGUACCAACACUAUAUAACUCUGUGUGAGUCUGGGGACCUACAGACCGAGGUGGCGGCUGAUAUCAUAGGAUUGCUCAUGUUAGAGACACAUUUGCUGCCUGGACCCUCCCUUGUCCAGCUUGCUAAUCUUUUUGUUGAAGCUAUUAAAGUGGGAAAGAUGGGGAAUGGAAAGUCACUGGAGCUUUUCCCUACUGUGCUCACUGCCCUUUCAGCUUGUGAAGUUGUAGCAUAUGGCAAAGGUGAACUAAGUGGUGAAGAAUACAAAAAGCAACUGAUCAACAGCCUUUGUUCAAGCAGAUGGGACCCACAGUGUGUUAUUCACCUCACAACUAUGUUCAGAGAUGUGCCUUUAUCACCUGAGGAGCUGAAAUUUGUGGUGGAGAAAGUGUUAAGAAUGUUCAGCAAACUGGAUUUACAAGAGGUCCCUCCCCUCGUUUACCAACUUCUUCUUUUAUCUGCAAAGGGGUGUAAGAAACAGAUCUUGGAUGGAAUCGUGAGUUACUUCAAAGAACAAGACCAGAGCCUAGAAGAAGAGCAAAAACGUGGACAGAGCCUUGACCUAGAAUUUGAGUCUAUUCCCCAGGAUCAGUUAAGGCAUGUGGAAGGCACCAUUAUCCUCCAUAUUGUUUUUGCCAUUCGGCUCGACCAUGAAUUGGGAAGAGAAUUCUUGAAAACUUUUAAAACUUCCUACACCGACAUGUGUCCUUUCAGUGUGGCUUUGUUACUUUCUGUUGCUCGUAUUCAGCGUUAUGAGGAACAGGUGUUCGACCUGUUAAAGGGCGCAGUUAUCAAAAGCUUCAAGGAUGAGCAGUUGCAGCAGGGCUCAAAGAUUCUAAAGGAUCUUUUGCCUCCACACCGCAGUGUGUCACAGAUGAUCCUGGACACUGUCAAAAACAGUGUGUUUGGUUGGGACCAUGUGACCCAGGGCCUGGUUCAGCUCGGUUUCUUUCUUAUGGACAACUUUGGACCGAAGCCUGGACCAUUUGGAAAGGCUGCAGAGAGUUCUGCUUCUUUAGCCAGGACUCCAAACCAGCAAGCCUGCAAGCUGGGCGGGCAAGUACUCCUCCUGGGAUUCAAGAUGCACGAGCCGCUGAGAGGUGAAAUCCUUGAGCAGGUUCUCAAUCGACUCGUCACGAAAACUGCUUCGCCUGUAACUCAUUAUUUAGACCUGUUUACUGACAUUGUGGUGUCUGCUCCCAUGAUCCUCCUGGAAUCAUCAUCCAAAGUGAUAGAAACAUUUGACCAGCUUUCAUAUUUACCUUUGGCGACAGUGCAGGGUCUUCUGAAAGCUGUUCAGCCGUUGCUCAAAGUCAGUAUGUCCCUGAAAGAUGCUCUGAUUUUGGUUCUUCGCAAAUCAAUGUUUUCCAGUCAACUCGAUGGCAGGAAGUCUGCAGUUACAGGUUUCCUUCUGUUACUGAAGAACUUUAAAGUGUUGGGCAGUUUGGCCUCAAGUCAGUCCAGCCAAUGUAUCUCAUCCAGUCAGGUCCAAGUGGAUGUUCAUUCUCGCUACAACUCUGCAGCCAAUGAAGCGUUCUGUUUGGAGAUCCUCAGCAGUCUGCGUCGCUGUCUGGGUCAACAGGCAGAUGUGAGACUAAUGCUCUAUGAGGGAUUUUAUGAUGUGCUUCGGCGUAACUCUCAGCUGGCGAGCUCGAUCAUGCAGACCCUCUUAUCACAACUUAAGCGUUACUACGAACCUGAACAAGACCUUCUGCCUCCUGUUAAACUGGAGCCCUGCAUCACUGCCCAUGGAGAUCAAGUCUUCCUACAAGAACCUCUGGCGCAUCUGCUGAGCUGCACCGUCCACUGUCUUUUGUGGCUCCAGAACAUGCACAGAGCAGCUACUGGUGAUGACAGCGAUGAGGAGGAAGAGGAGGAGGAAGGGUAUCAGUCCGAGCUGAUGACUAUCCUGGAGAGUUUGACAAGACGCAUGAUCAAGAGUGAGCUGGAGGACUUUGAGCUGGACAAAUCUGCAGAGUUUUCCAUGGGGUCAAGUGUUGGAGUGAAGAAUAACAUCUAUGCAGUUUUGGUGAUGGGCGUGUACGAGGUCCUCAUCGAGUACAACUUCAACAAGGCCAAUUACAAUAAAGAAUGCUUUGAAGGAAUUAUAGAGUUAUUUAAUCGUUAUCACAAGAUCGCUGAGAUUCUGAAGGAGAAAGCUGGAAAAGGCAAAGUGCCCUCCAACAAGACACCCCGAAGUCUGCUGUCAAUGGGUUAUAUUUCUACUAUUCUUCCGGCACUUUUCAGAGACAGCACUCAGAGCAGAGAGGAAGCACUCUCCGUUCUGCGAGCCAAUGGAGAAUUUGUACGAUAUUCACUGAGUGUGGCGAUACAGAAAAUCCAGCAGCUGGAGGAGACGGGACACACAGACGGCCCUGAUGGAAUGAAUACAGACAAAAUCUUCAGAUUCCUGUGUGACAUGACCAGUGUCCUGAUGUGGCGUUACACCAACAUCCCCAGUGUGGUGGAGGACGCAGGUAAAAAGGAGAAGAGGACCACUUUGUCUCUGUUGUGUCUGGAGGGUCUGCUCAGGAUCUUCACCACGUGUCAGCAGCGUUUCCCAGAGCGACUGGCUCAGCUCCUCUCGACCAUGGAGUCUGAGGAUGACCUGGAUGAAGGCAACGUCACUCAGAUGAACUUCUUUUACAUCCGUCAGUUUCAGAGGGUACUGUUUGCCCAGCUCAGCAGUGAACAGGACGAAUUCAACAGCAAAGAGGCUCAGUUGCUCAUCAGCAUUUUGAGUGUGCUUUCCCGACAGCUCAAACCGUCGUCCCAGGAGUUUGUUCAGAUGGUCACAUGGACUGUAAAAGUCUGCAAGGAGACAUGUUUUGAGGAUUGUCCGCUUGCCAAAGGACUGCUCUCUCUUCUCUUCAGUCUUCACGUUCUCUACAAAAGCCCCGUUAGUGUUUUAUUGGAACUCUGCCAAGACAUCCACAGCCAACUUGGAGACAUCGAUCAGGAUGUGGAGGUCGAAAAUCAGUCGCACUUUGUCAUUGUCAACUUAAAGACGGCUUCAACUGUGGCGAUGCUCGUGUUGUCUCAAGUUGAGCGAGUGCUGGAUGAAGUGGACUGGCUUAUUGCUAAAAGGAAAACCCAAACCACCACUGAGAAAACGGGGAAUGGUGAAUCCACUGAGAACACAGGACACCAAGAUCCAAUUGAAAAAAAUGUGACUUUGCAACUUGGGACACUGCUGACUGCCCUGAAUGAGCUGGUCCAGACUUCCCUCCCUCCUGGAACCUGCACCAUUACUUUGUUAAGAGCCAUGAGCCAAACAUACACCAUCCUCACAACCCUGGUUAAAUAUUACAUCCAAGUCUGUUCAAAUCAUGGGACACUGCCGUCACGGUUUGAGAAGUUGGUGAAACUCUCUGGCUCCCACCUGACCCCACAGUGUUACAAUUUCAUUACAUAUGCACAGAGCGGUGAAACCAAUGGUGGUGGUGCAGAUGACAAGAAGAAAAAGAAAAGGAUUGAAACUAAUACGGCCGCUUCUGCCAAGCUUCUGCGUGAGACAAAGACCAUUCCUGAUUUGAUCUUUAGCAUUGAACAGUAUGAGAAGUACCUGAUCACACUGUCUAAAAAGUCAAAGGUGAACUUGAUGCAAUAUAUGAAACAAAGCACAUCCAGAGAUUUCCGCAUCAACGCAGCAACUUUGGAAGCAGCUCUUCAAGAUCAGGAUGGCAGUCAGCAGACCACAGCAUCGCAAGAAGAUGAGGAGGAGCCACAGGAGCCCAAGGAGAAGAAGAAGAGGAGAAGAUGAGCAACACCACCCUCUAGUGGAUUCCUGCUUGAACGUCUCACUGGCCUCACAUUUCACCAGUUUCAAUUAAGUCUGUUUAUUUAAGCUCAUUUGCCUUUUGCCAGAGAGCCUUUUGUUACUUCAAUGAUUUCAUAGAUGUCCACAGCUUCUCCUGUUCAACACAAUUUGUCACAGCUAUUGUUAAAUGUUUACUUUGUUUCAUUAAAUAAAUGUUAUAUAAAUAUCA